GGUACAUUUGUGUAUAGUAAUGAAGGUUUAGUGAAGAAAACCAUUUCAGCAAAUGUUGAAGGCAGUAUUCAACAUAUGAUUAUAUAUGAAGACAAACAAGGUCAUCACGAUGAUUUAUAUCCACCUCAUGCUUAUGUUGAAUUAUCAAAUAUUAUACCGAGUUCCGCAAUUAUGAAAAUUGGAGCUUUACGUAAGGCAUCUAAAAUCGAUAAUUCCAAAUAUUCAUUACCAAAGAUUCAAGUACCAGUAGGUAUAAAGCAAGAACCUGAAGAAAUACGAGAAAUUAGUAAUGAUAAUUAUCAUAAUCAAUUUAAGGAUAACCAAUUUAAAGAAGUUGAGAAUCAAAAAAUAAUAUUUACACUUCCAUCCAAUCCUUUUAAUACAAUUCCAUUCCAAUCUAUCCAAAGUUUUUCUGAUAAAACGGAUGUUUAUUCUCCU